AUGGAAGAGUCGAAGGAGCCGGGCAGCGGCCGGGACUCCACCGAGGAGGAGAGCCUGUCCCUGUCGCCGAACCUUCCGUCCCCGCCUCUGAUGCUCCCGCACCAGGCGGCCCAGCAGAACCACCACACCACCAACUUUUUCAUCGACAACAUCCUGCGGCCGGACUUCGGCAGCAGGAAGGAGCCGGCCUACCGCAGCCCCACGCCGGGCCGCGAGAACGUGAACCCGCUGGCCGGGCCGAGGCCGCCGGCGCACACCGGCUCUCUGUGCCUGGACUCGAACUGCAGCAGCGACAGCACCGCGUCGUCGCCGUGCUCCUCGUCCUCCACGUCCUCGUCGCCCUCGUCCAAGCAGAACUCGUCGAAGCAGGGCGAGGCGGCGGGCACCGGCACCGGGAGAUACGCGGACAGCCCCUCGUCUAUUGUGGUCGUGAGCAGCGGCAACGGGGCGGCCGCGGCCCCCAGUAAGGAGAGCCAGCCGCUGCUGUGGCCCGCCUGGGUCUACUGCACACGGUACUCGGACCGGCCCUCAUCUGGCCCAAGGACACGGAAACUGAAAAAGAAGAAGAGCAGCAAGGAGGACAAGCGGCCCAGGACAGCGUUCACGGCCGAGCAGCUGCAGAGACUGAAAACUGAGUUCCAGGCCAACCGCUACAUAACGGAGCAGCGGAGACAGUCUCUGGCCACGGAACUCAACCUGAACGAGUCCCAGAUCAAAAUCUGGUUCCAGAAUAAGAGGGCCAAGAUUAAAAAGGCCACCGGCUACAAGAACGGCCUGGCCAUGCAGCUCAUGGCCCAAGGACUUUACAACCACUCCACGACCACCGUGCAGGAGGAGAAGGAGGAAAGUGAAUGA